GUAUGUAUAUGCCGCUCGGAACUCUAGACCUCCCAAAACCCCCAGCCAUGGCCUCCUCCUCUAACCCUGAUCUCCCUUUCCUUUUCUCCCUCUCAUCCCUCAUAUUCCUCCUCCUCGCCGGCGGAACCGCUGCCACCAUGGAGGCGGCGCCGACGUCGCCAACGUCGCCGUCGAACGGGACGACGAUUUACGAGCUGCUGCCGGAGUACGGCCUCCCGUCGGGACUCCUUCCGGACACGGUGAAGUCCUUCCAGCUCGGCAACGACGGAAUCUUCGUGGUGGAGCUGGAGGGCCCCUGCUACGUGCAGUUCGAGUACCUGGUCUACUACGAGCCCCGGAUCACCGGCGUCGUCAAGUACGGCAGCAUCGAUGAGCUCCGCGGAAUCCAGGUCCGCCGCUUUUUCCUCUGGUUCGACGUUGACGCCAUCAAGGUCGACCUCCCGCCCUCCGACUUCAUCUACUUCGAGGUCGGCUGGAUCACCAAGCAGCUCCCAGUCGGCCAGUUCGAGACUGUCCAUUCUUGCCAGGACAACGGGCUGGCCGGCCGGGUGAGGAGGGCCGCCGAUAGUUUACUUCAGAGCAUCCUCAUUCCUUAACUUUAGUGGAAAAGUGAUGUAGACCAUAUGCACCAGCAAGUGGCAUGUGAAAAGCUCCCAGAUCUCGUGAGAAAGCCAAGUAUGCUGGUCGCGAAAUAAAUAAAUCUAGAGAUCACUCCUUCGUAUUUGGUAUGUCUGAGGCAUUGUAUGGUAUCUUUCUCAAGUCCAAGGAACUUGUACUAUUCUGCUAAUCUGGAGAUUUAUAGCCAGAAAAACCUUGUUGUGGAUUAGAUAGAUAUACAUAGUAAGAAACAUCAUUUCUAAGCUGCAAUUGGAUUUGUAGGUGCUUUUUUUUUU